UGGAGUCAGGAAUGUAAUUAUUUACAAAAUACUAAUUUAAAGACAGUUGAUGUUUGAUUUAUGAUGGCUGUGAAGUUAAUUUGUUUAGUGAUUGCAUUGUGUGCGAUUUUGGAUUAUUGUCAGUCAGACAUAGCAGCCCGUCCUUUUCUGACAAACUUAUCCCGCGAUUGCCUACGAUGUUUAUGCCAUGCAGCUUCUGGGUGCAAUCUAGCGUCACCGUACGAGUGUUCAUCUGAUGGACGAUGUGGGCCCUUUCGUUUGUCUUAUGGCCAGUGGAAAGAUGCAGGACGGCCUACACCUGAAACACCGAGACCUGGGUUGCGCACCACUGGCGGCGAACCGGACUUUACGGACUGCGCUGGCGAUUACAGAUGCGCGGAACAUGUUGUCAUAACGUAUAUGGAAAUUCAUGGCCAGGAUUGUAACGGUGACCAAGUGACGGAUUGUGACGAUUACAUGCUGAUCAACGCCCACGGGAACAUGCCUUGCUACCGAAGACUCAAUCGGACAUCGGACGGAAGAGAAUAUUUACAGAGAUACAGAGUCUGUAGACCUUCGUGA